GGAAGUUAUUUAUUCAGUGUUGGAAAAUUUGCUAGUAAGACAGUUGCUGAUACUGCCAAACAGCUUAAGACAACAGUCGAAGAAAAGACUAUACUUGGUGAAUUCACUCGGGAGCAGGAAAAGUUUGUCAAUGAAAACAAAGAAAAAGGAAAGCAUGCUGAAGCAGCUGUCCCACCAUGGGUUGGUUACAAUGAAGAAGAAACUAUGAAGAAACAAAUCCUGGCUUUGUCUUCUGACAAGAGAAAUUUCCUAAGAAAUCCUCCUGCGGGAGUUCAGUUCAGUUUUGAUUUUGAUACUGUCUAUCCAAUUGCAAUGGCAACUCUACAAGAAGACCCUGAACUUCAGAAAAUGAGGUUUGAGUUGGUGCCCAAACAAAUUAAUGAGGAGAACUUCUGGCGAAACUACUUUUACCGAGUAUCCCUUAUCAAGCAAUCAACUCAACUUACCUCAAUUGCUCAAUCUACUGAGCGGUCUUCCCCACAAAUGUUUACUUCCCCCCAGACAACCAAUGCCCCUGCCCAGAAGGAUGAGGAUUUGGCUAUUGAAAAUCCACCUCAUGAUAAUGAAUUCAUCAGUGAUUCCUUUGCCAACAGCACGAUUGAUGAUGAAGACUUGCGCAAGGAAAUGCAACAGCUUUCCGUCAAAACUAAUGAAGCCAGCAAUGCAGAUGCAGAAGACAUGCCACAGUGGGAGAAAGAAUUGCAGAAGGAACUUCAAGAAUAUGAUAUGGUGGAUGAUAGUGUGACAGCUGAAGACAUCGACUUGGAGAAAGAAAUUUUGCAACAGCUCGAGGAGGAGAACAAAACAGCCUGAAGAGGAUUCACUUCUAUUGUCAUAUUUGACCAGCUGUAUUUUUCCUCUCUCUUUUCUCUCCCCCUCUCUCUUCUACAAAACUGUCACCAAAAUUGUUAGUAGUACUUUUCUUUUGGUUCUUUACUGAUCAUGUAUUUUCAUCUGUUGUUAUUGUUGCUAUCAUCAUUAGAGUCAUCAUCAGUGUAGCCUAUUGAACACUGCACUUGAACUGCUCUUGUUAGUAGUGGCAGGGUUACUUUUUGUGAAUUUGAUUUCAUACCAGUGUUUGUUGGCUGGACAAAACUCAUGAUAAUAGAACUGGUUAUUGUUACUACUAAUAUUACUACUAAUACUUCUGUUGCUGCUGCAACUACUUCAAACUAAAUAGCAAUAUUACAUCUACCACUACUACGAAUACUACUGCAUUACAUUCCCACAUUUUUAUUUUUGUCAUAAGACCAAUAUUAUACAUUAACUAAAACAUUUGUAUUCUUUUUACCACAUUCAAGCACAUGACCAUAUGUGUUUUAACUGAAGUAAUAUUUUUUUUUUUUUUGAAUUUCAAUUUUUAAUACCUGUAUAGUUUAUAUUUUAGUUUAAACAAAAUUAAUUUCUAAAUUACUAACAGAAGCAAUGAAAAAUAUGUCAUGCAAAUAAUUUUUGUUCAUGUUUUAUGACAUUAAUAGGCAUUACCAUUGUUUUAUUUAUUGUUUGUUUUUUUCCAU